AUGUCUUCUCGAAAGCUAUCCGACACUCUCACGAAAUCUAGGGAGAAGUCUCAGAAAAAGAUGAUGUCAUUUAUGGCCGACCAGGUCGCUCGAGUCGUGCCAAACAUCAUCUCUGAGCUCCAGGGAUCAAACACCUCUCCAUCCUCUGUCGACUCCAAGACGGAAAAGUCGACGUCUGCAAAGUUUAACUACAAACAUUUUGUCUCGUGCAACCCUAAGCCUUUCACAGGCAGUGAUGGGGUGACUGCAAUGCUUGAGUGGUUCGACAACAUUGAGGUUACUUUCAUCAACAGUGAAUGCCCAGAGCAUUUGAAAACUAGGAGUGCAACGGGAAUGUUUCAAGGCAGAGCGUUGGAAUGGUGGACGAAUGAGAGAAACAUUCGUACUAAUGAAGAAGCCUAUGCUCUUCCAUGGGCUGAGGUGCGAGAAUUGAUGAUGCUCGAAUUCUGCUCUCCCCAUGAGCAACUCAAGCUCGAAGAAGAAUUCUGGUAUUUGAAGCAAGUUGGUGAUGAUAGCUUAGCUUAUACUACCAGAUUCAAGCAAUUGAGUCUUAUUGUUCCCCAUUUGGUUUCAACUCCUAAGCGGAUGAUAACCAAGUACAUCAACGGUCUACCUCCUGCUAUGCGUGAUUCUAUCGAGUUUCCUACUCCUGCUACUUCUAAGUCUGCUAACCAAGCUACUCAGCAGCCAAGUGACAGCAAGAACAAGAAGAGGAAAUCUCAGGGUUCGGGAUGUAAUGUUAUUGUCCCCGCUGCUAACCCUGCUGCAAAACCUGCUCCUACUCCUGCUGCUGCUAACCCUGCUGCUCCUGAAGCGAAGAAGCAAUACACCGGGUCUUACCCCAAGUGUACAACUUGCAACUUCCAUCAUCCUACGGCUUCUGCAUGUCGUCUGUGCACCAACUGUAACCGGUAUGGUCACACGACUCCUUAUUGUUGUCAAGCUAACCAAGCCCAGCAAGCUCAGCAAGCCCCAGCUCAGGCAGCCUUACCAGCACCUCUAGCUCCCCUACAGAACCCUAAGCCGGUCAAUGCUGUUCGUGCAUGCUUCCAGUGUGGAGAUACUACGCAUCUUCGUAACCGUUGCCCCCAGCUGAACCAAGAACAACAAGCGGCCGCUCAUGGACGAGCAUUCAAUCUCAAUGCUAAUCAGGCUCGCAACAACAAUGAUGUGGUGAAUGGUAGGUUUCUCGUUAAUAAUCUUUAUGCUUCGAUCCUAUUUGAUACUGGUGCCGAUAAAAGCUUUGUGUCCGUGGAAUUCGAGUCUUUGAUUAACUGUACACGCUCCAAGUUACCUGAGUCGUUCUCUGUUGUGGUCGCCAAUGGUAAGUCGAUCCUUGUUAAUUCUAUCGUACGUGAUUGUCCCUUGACUCUUAAUGAUCACGUGUUCUCUAUUGAUCUCAUACCAAUGCAGUUGGGUAGUUUUGUUGUCAUUAUUGGUAUGGAUUGGUUGCGUAAGAACCAUGCCGAGAUUGUUUGCCAUGAUAAGCUUGUUCAUCCUCCUCUUCCUUCUGGUGAUACUUUGAACGUCUAUGGAGACCGACCUUCGAAAGGACUAAGCGAUCUUCAUGUUUGUAUUCGCGAAGCUCAGUAUUCGUCAGCUAAUGAAGGAAGUCUAUCUGUUGAAGUUCUUGGCGCUAACGUUAAUCAACUCGAGACUAAAUCUGACAGUACUAUCUAA